CUCCUUUCACAAUUAAUGCACGGCUCCUCCUCCUCCUCCUCCUCCUCCUUGCAGCUUCUCAUGGAGAUUAGUAGAGAUUCAAUCCACGAAGAUGAUAUUCAGGCCACCGAACGGGCUACUGGCGGCGGCUCUGGUGACGACGGUUCAAAGGCCGCUGGGAUGCGUGGGACGGUGCAUGAGAUGGAUUUCUUUGCAAUGAAGGAGAGCAGCCAACCGCCGACGUCCUCCAGGAUGGAUCGUGCUCGUGUGCCGGAUCUCAAUCUGAACAAAGAAGUUGAUCUCGCCAUGAACAUUGGUUUUACUCCGACGCGGGAUCAAGCGCCGAUGGCCCCGGUUGGAAACAAGAGUGUUGAGAUCGAGAAGUUAGAAGAGAUGCGUGAAGAGCUCGCAGAGGCGAAGGAGGAGAACCGGCGGCUGAGGGAAUCGCUGAGCGACGUCGCCGACAAGUAUGGAUCCUUGCGGGCUCAUUUCAUGAAGCUGUUGCAAGAACGAGGAGGAGGGAAACUCCACCAGGCCGAAGACGAAGUGACCCGGCGAAGUCAUCAGCUGGAGGAAGAGGAAGGUGGAUCGACUGUGGCGAGGCAAUUCGUCGAUCUCCGACCCGCCUUAUCGGCCAAGGAAGAGUCUCACAACACAGAGCUCAGUACUGAUGAUCAGGACAACUCCGCUCACACUAAUCUCGACGCUGGGGAAAUGGAAGUGGCCGCUUCACAGCCCAAGACGACUCAGCAGCAGCAGCCGCCGGACCACGAAGCGACCAUGAAGAAGGCUCGGGUCUCAGUUCGAGCUCGAUCCGAAGCACGAAUGAUAAACGACGGCUGCCAUUGGAGAAAAUACGGCCAAAAGAUCGCCAAAGGAAACUCCUGUCCUCGAGCUUAUUACCGCUGCACCAUGGCCGACGGUUGCCCUGUUCGAAAACAGGUUCAACGGUGCGCCGAGGACCGGAGUGUGUUGAUAACAACCUACGAAGGGACCCACAACCACCCACUUCCUCCGGCGGCCGCCGCCAUGGCCAGGACUACUUCGGCGGCCGUGUCCAUGCUUCUGUCUGGCUCCACGUCAACUGCCGACCAACCGUUGCUCGGUUCCAACAGCUUACUCGCCAAAAGAACCCUGCCUUUGUCGUCAGCGAGUGUGGCCAUGAUCUCGUCAUCUGCUCCGUUCCCGACCAUUUCGCUCGAUUUAACCGGCGUUCCCAAUUCUCUUCCACAGUGGAGGCCGUCGACGAAUAUCGAUCCAUUUCGAGUGCUCCCAUUCUCCAACGGCGUGGCUCCGAGCCUCGCAUCCUUCGGCCACCACGACCAGCAGUCUCAUUUCUCAGGGUUGCAGAUGUCGACAAGUUGCCUCACCGCCGGCGAUGAGGGCGGAGCAACGAGCGAGUUUUUGCCGAUGAAGCCGCACCCGUCUGGGCCAAGGUCGCUUGCUGAGACGGUGAGCGCGGCGACGGCGGCUGUCGCCAACGAUCCCAACUUCACCGCCGUGCUCUCUGCUGCGAUCUCCUCCUUCAUGAAUCGCAAUGGCGACGGCAGAGAGUGAAUCGAAUAAAUCAGAUGGGAUGGAGCAUUAGAGAUUUUCCUUUUUUUCCAUAUCGUUCUUUUACUCAUUUUCUUUUAAUUUGUAUUAAUUAAUUAGGAUUUAAGAAAAGAGUUAAUUAAUUAGUUGUUUUUUUAUAA